AUGCCAAGUGUGAAUGAAAGACUGAGAGAUCCUGACAUAAACCCUUGCUUGUCAGAAUCUGAUUCGUCAACCAGGUGUAUGGCUGAAAAUAACUAUGGCACUGAAAGAUGUUCUACUUAUUUCUUGAAAUAA